AUGGCACGACUCCCUGGUUUCCUUGCCCUCUUUGUCUUGGCUCAAUCUGUUCUAAGUAGCCAGUUCCGCAUCCCUAGAAACACGAGUUCAAAUUCGACCACAUACAGCUCCGCCACUGUCCAUUGGCUGGAAGGCAAGCCUCUCCACAACUUCGGAACGACUUUCGGGCUUCCCUGGCCUCAAGGAAAGUACUUCGCUGAGAACACAUCUUUUACGGCGGAAACGGACCUUCAGUCUUGGAUCACCGGAUACUGGAAAGAUGGAUCCAUCAAGUGGACUGGACAUGCCAUCCCAGCAUCAGACAGCAUUUCCGAGACCUACACCGUGACGGCAGAAGCUUCGGAGCCCUCAGUCUCAAACAGCAACAUGGUCGUCACCAACGAGGCGACCAAGAUUACGGUGAAUACAGGCAAACUAACAGUAGUAUUCCCUAAGGAUGGCAACACCAUCAUUGAGAAGAUCCAGACUGCGAGUGGAAAGAUCAUUGGGCAAGAUGGGAGACUUGUUCUCCAAAGUCAAUCUGCAGCCUUGGCUUCAAACUCGUCAAACGAGUUCUUCAACUUCGUCAGCAGCAUCGAUGCUAUCUCUGUAUCUGAGGAAAGCUCGGUACGGACCCUCAUCACCGUCAAUGGCACCCAUAAAGUCACAGACGGAGGCUCCCACGUCAACUGGCUGCCAUUCGUACUUCGCUUCUACCUUUACGCCAAUUCUGAAUCUGUCCGCCUCCUCCACAGCUUGGUGUUCGAUGGAAACGCAGAAGGAGACUUUGUAACUGGCAUUGGAAUCCGAUUCAACGUCCCACUCAGUGACGCUUUGUAUGAUCGCCAUGUCAGACUCGCUGGGGUUGACGGUGGUCUUCUAAGCGAGGCCGUUCAAGGAAUAACCGGGUUGAGACGAGACCCUGGAGCAACUGUCAGAAACGCUCAAUUCGAAGGCCAGGCUUUGGCCGAUCCCAGCACUUGGGAUCUUCGUGUUACGAACCGAACACGGUGGAUUCCGCAAUGGGGAGACUACCGUCUUUCUCAGUUGUCAUCCGACGGGUUCAACCUCAAGAAGCGCACCAAGGAGGGACAGACCUGGUUGAAGAUUUCAGCUGGGACACGCUCAGGAGGUCUCGCUUAUCUCGGUGGUGCUACGGCAGGCGGUCUCGCACUUGGACUCCGAGAUUUCUGGAAGCGCUAUCCUACUGGUCUGGAGAUCGCCAAUGCCGCAAGCGACGUGGGCGAAAUGACACUUUGGAUCUACGAUCCAAUGUCCGAGCCACUGGAUCUCCGUCCGUACCAUGAUGGCCUGAACCAGACAGGGUACGUAGACCAGCUUGAUGCGCUCGAAAUCACUUAUGAGGAUCACGAGCCAGGUUUUGACACGCCGUACGGCAUUUCGCGAACCAGCGAGGUUUAUCUUUUUGGUUUUGAGGAGACUCCGGCGAGAGACACGCUUUCAAGCUUGGUUGAAUACAUCAGUGACCCUCCAUUCUUGGUCGCCAAACCCGAGCAUCUUUUUGAGUCCAAGGGUCUUGGGCUUUACUGGGGACUGCCAGAUACUAGCAGUACCGAGUCGGCAGCCAUCGAGCAACACCUCGAUUUCCUGUUCAAUUUCUACGAAGGCCAGGUUGACCAAAGAAGCUGGUACGGAUUUUUGGAUUACGGCGAUUUCAUGCAUGCCUACGAUCUUGAUCGACACCAAUGGCGCUACGACAUUGGGGGAUACGCCUGGGACAACUCUGAGCUAUCCCCCGACCUGUUCUUCUGGCUCUAUUUCAUCCGCACCGGCCGAGCAGACGUCUACCGCUUCGCAGAAGCCAUGACCCGCCACACAGGAGAAGUAGACGUCUACCAUCUAGGAAGAUGGAAGGGCCUCGGUACGCGCCAUGGCGUCCAACACUUCGGCGAUUCCGCAAAACAAGCCCGCAUUGCGCAGCCCCAGUACCGCAAGUACUUCUAUUACCUCUCCGGCGGUGACGAGCGCGUUGGCGAGCUUCUGGACGAGCUUGCAGAUACGGACAAGACGUACGGCUAUCUCGACCCCAAUCGAAAAGUGCGAACAGAUGGCUGGGUUCCCACGCCCGGCGCGACGGUAGCCGUUGGUCUCGGCACAGACCUUGGAGCACUAGCCGCAGGCUGGCUCAUCGCUUGGGAACGUCGUGCUGUCGGCUGGGAAGACGCCCGCGCAAAGAUUACCAAUGUGUUUACGGACAUCGCAGCCCUGAAGAACGGCUUUGUAACAGGCUCUGGGCAGUACAACCUCACGAACUGGAGGCUCAGUCCGCCGCCCCUCGACCCCAACAACGACGGCCUCGUCUCUGUCUCACAUCUCUCGUCAGUGUUCGGGCUCCCCGAAGUGCUGUCUGAGGCUGAGCAGUUCUUCGGCGAUGACUUGCCGGCUGGCUUCAGAGAUGUCUGGAUCGACUACUGUUACUAUUACACCGCCGCGGAUGCUGAGAAGAGGGCGCGGUACGGGGCAACGUGGACGCCGAGUCUGAUUCAGGGGCACUCGAGACUUAAAGCGUACGUGGCGCAUGUAAGGGGGAACGUGACGACGGCGAAGAGGGCGUGGAAGGACUUUCACAGCGACGGGUUGCUUCCCACUUCACCGUGGUCGACGGUGCUGGUCAACGGGAGUGCGUCCUUGAAGACUGUGGAUGAGGCGGCCUGGUUAGCAACAAAUGAUAUGGCCCAGUACGGACUGGCAGCUAUUCAGAACUUGGCGCUGAUCCCGGAUAGUCUGACGACGUGGAAUUCGUAG